AUGCAUAACGAAGUUGGAAUUCGUGAUCUCAUUCCAAACAUUUUUUUAUGCUUGCCUAUUGAAUCUCUAGUUCGAUUCAAAUGCGUAAACAAAGAGUGUAAUCAGAUAAUCUCCAAUCCAGGCUUCGUAGCCGAUCAUGCUAUCAGAGAUCCUUCAAAGCCACAUGGUUUGUUUUACUUCCCGCAUUCUAAUCCUGGAAAUGUCAUCUACAUCCCUCUCUAUUCUCAACAAAAACCCAACUAUUUCUCGGCUUUCCCUUCCAUUGAAGCUUCUUGCAAUGGCCUUUUUCUUCACGUUCCCUCUCAAACACCCCAGUUCUUCACUGUUUUUAAUCCCACUACCAAAAAGUUUCAGCUUAUACUGAGGCCAAAAGGAUAUAAUAAUUAUCCUCUAAGCCACAAUAAACACAAUCUUGGUCUGGCUUAUGAUCCCAUUCUUUUCUCCUGGCAUGACUACAAGGUAGUUCAUAUUUUUGUUAUUGAUCUAGACUUAAUACGAGGGAAUCAAGUGUAUGGGUUUGAGAUAUUCUCAUCCAGUCUCAAUUCAUGGAAAAUGUCCAAGUCAAGACUGAGGUGUCUAUCAGGUCAAACCUACCAAACUGAAGCUGUGUACUUGGAUGGAAUUCUUCACUGGAUUAGGGAGUGUGGCGACAUUGUUGCCUUCAAUGUAAAGACAGAAGACGCACGAAUUAUUCCCAUGCCUCAUACACUGAGACUCAAAAUGAUUGAGUACCAAAAUAGGAAGCCAUGGUUCGGGCUUGCCAAAGGGUUGGUCUCUGUGGUUUAUCUUUCAAGGUCAGAAUUUGUUGUUUGGGUCCUCCACGAUUAUGAUAACUGCAAGUGGGGUUGCGUUAGAAUCCACAUACCAUCUUUAUCAUCGAGGAAAGAUUUAUACGUCAUAUUCUUUGACGGUGAAUGGGUUGUAUUUAGGGGAAGGGACAGGGGAAGUGUGAUCUCUAUGUAUAACGUAAAAUCAAAUAAGUGGAAGAAGAUUGAGGCAAGUUAUGAUGAUGAUGAUGAUGAUGAUGAUGAGAAUGAGGACGUUUACAUUCCCUUCAUUCCUACCAUAGUCGAAAUGAGUACUACUUUAUCAACUGCCGAUCACUCUAUUAAUUAUCUCAUUUCUGAAACAAACGAGAUACAAAACAAUAUAUAUAGAAAUACUGCUCCGCUUGAGUCAGAGUUACAGCUUCUGAUUGUUAUUAUCAAAAGGCAAACAGUGGUUAAAUGA